GCAGUAGCUCACAUCUUCCAAUUUUUUUGAACUGCGCGGUUGGGUUUGCGUCUGGUUGGUGUUAACGUUAACGGCACUUAUUCCGACUUCCGACUGAACAGAGAGAGAUCCUGUAUUCCUGUAUUAACCGACCCGAGUGUCUUGUGGUAAUUUUUUUCAAUCCCCCCCGCUAUAUAGUAGUGGGUCGCGUCAGUGUGUAUAAGUGUUCCUGUGCAUUUGAGCAAGGAAAAGUGUGAAGAAUCUGUUAGCUGAAAGAAAGCGCAACUUUAAAGAGAAAAAGCAGAAACGAAAUGGCCACCGAAGUAGCCCAAAUACCCGCUGAGGAAACGCCUGCCGUUGCGGCGCCCACAGAGAAGCCAGCCUCCGAACAGGCGGAAAAACCUGCUGCCAGCGAGCCUGCUGCUGCCGCGCCCGCCGUCGCUGCUCCGGCUGAAAACGAAAACGCCCAAGGAAACAAAGAGGACGGCAAGGCGGCGUCCAAGGAAAACGCUGAUGGUGCCGCAGACGGGGAGGCCAAGAAGGACGGAGAGGCAGCGGCUGCCGCAGCGCCGGCCAAAUCGGAGGCCCCUCCCGCACAAAAGUUCAAUGUGCACAAGACCAACUUCGAGAAGGACAUCAUCUAUCUGUACCAGUUCUCCAGGACUCCAUUGCUGCCGUCGCUGUCGCCCUACUGCUUGAAAGUUGAGACCUGGCUUCGUCUGGUCGGUCUCAAGUACGAGAAUGUCGAUCAUAAGAUGCGUUUCCGCUCGAAGAAGGGUCAGUUGCCUUUCAUCGAGCUGAAUGGAGAGGAAAUCGCUGAUUCGGCCAUUAUCAUCAAGGAACUGUCGUCCAAAUACGAGAAGAAUCUGGAUUCCGGCCUAACCGCCGAGCAGCGCAACGUGUCGUAUGCCACCAUCGCCAUGCUGGAGAACCAUCUCAUCUGGAUCAUCUUCUACUGGCGCGCCAAGUACCCGGACAGUGUGCUCAAGGGCUACAAGGUCAAUCUGCAGCACGCCCUCGGAUUGCGUCUGCCCAACUCCAUCUUGAACUUCUUCUUCAAGAUAACCUUUGGUCGCAAGUGGUUCCAGGGCACGAAAAAGUUGAAGGCGCAUGGCAUCGGCGUCCACAGCGCCGAGGAGAUCGAGGAGUUCGGCAAGGACGACCUAAAGGUCCUCAGCGAGAUGCUCGACUGUAAGCCGUUCUUCUUCGGCGACGAGCCAACCACCCUCGAUGUGGUGGCCUUUGCGGUGCUCUCGCAGCUCCACUAUCUGUCCAAGGAUAUCGCGUACCCGCUGCGCGACUACAUGACCGAGAAGUGCCCCAACUUGAUUGGACACGUGUCGCGCAUGAAGGACAAGUGCUUCCCCGACUGGGAUGAGAUCUGCACGAAGCUGGACCUCAAUGCGCACAUUCCCAAGCCAGAACCCGAGACCAAGGAGGGCAAGGAAGGUGGCGAGCAGGAGAAAUCAAAUGAGCAGGAGGGCCCCGAGGGCGAUAAGAUCGAGAAGGAGUUGGAGAAGGACAAGUCGAAUGAGAAGGAGUCGACCGAGGAGAACAAAGAGAAGGAGGAAACAAAGUAAAUUCGCCGUUAGUUGUAUUCAUAUGUAUAUCCCGAUAUAUAUACAUAUAUACAUAUGCAGACGAGUCGGAAAGUCGAAGGAACGAAGGAAGAAAGGAGACACCCACAUACACACACAUUAUAUAUAUAUACAUAUGUAGUACGAUACUAUAUAGUAAGGCCCUAUAUAGCUAGGCGCUGCGCUCUCAUAUAUAAGCAUUCAGACAUCGGACGACAAGCGUUUUCUAAGAGAAGAGAUCAGUAUAGAAGAAGACCCAUUUACAUUUAAAGUGAAAACGAAAGAAAAACCUAGGACAACUGUAAAGCAAAAAGCAGGCACAGACACAGAACUCUCACCAUCAGCAUCCGCAACAGAACGAUCGAUCCACUAAGUAAAACGAAAAGCGCAAGCAAAUGCGGAAAAACGUAAAACAAAAAAGUAAAAAAAACGUAUAUAUAUACAAUAACGUAACGUAAAAACUUUGGACAUCUUUUUUUUAUAUAUAUACACGAUGACGUUUGUAUUACAAGAACAACAAAACAAAAAACCACAAAAAAUUAACAAAAACAAAAAAACCAAAAAACCCAAAAAAAAAAAACAAGAACCGUAAAAAAACAUUUAGUAUAAAAUUAUAAAAGUUUAUACGUAUAAAUAUUAAGAGGAGAGGACGACGGACAGAGGGAAAGAAAUUAUAAAAAAUUAGUUAAAGAACUCGAAUAAAACAUAAAAGGAGAAGAAGAAGAAGAAAAAGAAGUGAGCAAAACGUGAGCAAAAAAUGAGAGAGUAAAGAAAAGGAAGCCAGAACAGAAGAUCAUACAAUACACGCAUUAAUCAUUAGUUUACAUUCAAAGGCGAUCUAUAUAAUACACACAUACACACUCUACACUCUCAUCCAGAUACACACACUAACACAGACACACAGCUACACUCACAUAUAGCAUAUGCAGCAAAAAAUUGCAAAAGAACACGAUGGUAUUGUUUACUCUUCCAAAAUUUGAUUAAGCUUAAAGUAAAUCCCGGAACAAGUACGAUGGAAUGGGUAGGACGAUUAUAUUAUACAUAUAUAUGAUAUGGUAUAUGAUAUGAUAUAUAGUGAUGACGAUGAUGAUGAUAAUGGCGUUGUAGUUGGGAUGGAAUGCAAUGGGAAUGAGAAUGGGAAUGGUAUAGGAAUGAUAUAUAGUAGGGUUGAUAUGGAUAUGUGUAGGGGAUUGGGUUUGGGCCCCCGUUUGCCGGCAAUUAAGUUUAUUUUUUAUAUAUAUAUGAUUGCAAAUAGUAAUUUCUGAUUCUCGUGUGCAAAUAAUUAAACGAAACAAAAAUGGAUACAAAUUUAUUACUUAUAAUUAUAUACAUAUAAAACCCUUAUAUAACGCCCAUUAUGCAUAUGUGUACAUGUGUAUAAACAAAAGAAAAAAAAAAACGCAAAACAAACAAAACGAAAAUUGCAUAACGCAUAAAGAUACAUUGUAUGUUGGUUCUUCUAUUAUUAUUAUAUAUUAUUAUACUUUAACGAUUAUAAAUACUAAUAUGAUUUACCCCCAUAGUCCCUUUCGUAUGGAUCUGCUCAGAGCAUUGGCUUUAUCGAUGUUUUUAACACACACACAAUCAACAAACAAAUCAAAACCAAUUCGAACCAAAAAAAACUAUUGAUCUAAACAAAAAAAUACUCGGCACUAACAUACGAAAAGAACAAAAUUUAUGAUAAUUUUUUGUAUAUUCUCUUUGUUUUUUUUUUUUUGGUACGUCCAUUCAAUUUUAGUUUGUCAACGUUUUGUCCUAAGUUAAAAUUAUGUUUAUGAUUCUGAUUAUGCAAAUAUAUAUAUAAAUAUGAACCUUAUUUCUACUGUAAUUAACGCUGCAACCACCACCCGCAACCCACAAGCCCCAAGCCACAACAAACCACGAGCCACAAGCAAAGCAAAGAAUCAUAUAAAACACCCCACACGAACCCACACAACUGUAGGAGGAAGAAGGACAACUCGAUGAACUCAUGCAAUUCUCUCUCCGGGGGCGAAUCGUUCUCUCUCUCUGUUUCUCUCGAACACUCUUUUCCUUGAAGGCGUUGCCUUGCCCCACUGGAAUGGUUGGUUUACCUUUACGGUUAAUGUUUUCGUUGUUGCUCUGCUUUCGCACUCAUCUUUCCGCCCCGUCCAUUCAUCCCGAAGAAUCAAUACCCCCUCCCCG